AUGUAUGGUGCAACUUGUUCAGUUAUCAACAAGAUCUCAAAUGAGGGAGCUAAUUAUUCUCAACGUGGUGAUGCUGAAGCGGCUUACAUGAUAUUAACAUCAUUUGAAUUUAUUUUGAUAUUGCAUUUGAUGAAAGAAAUUAUGGGACUCACAAAUAUGCUUUGCCAAUCUUUGCAACAAAAGUCACUAGACAUUUUAAAUGCCAUGAGUCAAGUUUCAACUACACAAUCACUCAUUCAAAAGAUGAGAGAUGAUGGGUGGGAGCCUUUGCUUACUACUGUUAAAUCAUUUUGUGAAGAAAAUGAUAUUGAUAUUCCUGAUAUGAAUGCUCAUUACACUAGAGCUCGAGGUAGAUCUUGUCGUCAAGAUGAAGGGUCUCCAACAACAAUGGAGCAUCAUUUUAGAGUUGAUAUAUUUACUGCUGCAAUAGAUUUCCAGUUACAAGAAUUGAAAAAUAGAUUUAAUGAGCAAGCUGUGGAACUCCUCAUUCUUAGCGUUGCUUUAAGCCCUAAAGAUGCAUACAAAUCAUUUAAGAUUGAUGAUAUAUGUAAGUUAGCUGAGAAGUUUUAUCCUCGAGAUUUCACCGAGCAAGAAAAAAUUUGUUUGAAAUUUCAGUUGCAGCAUUAUAUGCUUGAUGUGCCAAAGCAUCAAGAUUUUCAGAAUAUGUCUACAUUAUCUAAGUUAUGCAGAGGAUUGGCAGUUUCAGAAAAAUCAAAGAUCUAUCCUUUGAUUGACAGAUUGAUUCGCCUAGUGUUGACUCUCCCUGUUUCUACUGCGACUACAGAACGAGUUUUUUCUGCCAUGAAACUUGUAAAAACUAGAUUGCGUACUAGAAUGGAAGAUGAGUUUCUUGCAGACCAUUUGGUAGUUUAUAUUGAGAAAGAAAUUGCUAAGAAUUUCACUUCAGAGAUGAUAAUGGAUGAAUUUUAUUCCAUUAGCGAUCGUCGUCGAGCAUAA